AAAGGCACCUCAUUUGGAUAGUGUGACAGCUUUUGCUCGCAAAUUUCCGUGCGGUGCGCAUUGGAUGUGCCUUUUAUAACCUCAUCCCUAUCGUUAUAUUAUAUACAUAUUAUCAAUAACAUUUGUUUCAAAAUGUUAAUAAAGUUAAGUGUUAUUUUAAUUUUGGUGAAAAUAUUUCAUGUUAAGGGAAACCAACUUGACUGGGAUUUAGCAAUCGUCGUAGACAAUGAAAUCCAACUACUAACCUCAAACGGGACUCUAAUAGAUUCCAGAAGUCCUUUUUCGUUAUUAAAAGCCAUCACUUAUGAUGGCGUCAGAGACCAAUUUAUUGUAAGCGAUAGGGACACCAAAAACGAUACCAUCUUUACUGUUCGUUUAUCCAAAGAGACUGAAACUGAGCCAAUCAUGAAAGGACCUCCAGGUGACGUACAGGGAUUAGCAAUCGACCCUCUGGACGAUGUAUUAUAUUGGUCCAACGCAAUCAAUCAUACAAUAAAUUAUAUUAGUCUAAACGACUCUACUCACGAUUCUAAAGAAUUUAUUCUCUUCAAAGAUGUUGUUCCACACGCCAUUGCCAUAGAUGUAUGCAAUCGUUAUAUAUAUUACACAAACCCCUCAGGCAGCAAACCAACGAUAGAAAGAAGAAAAUUGGACAAUUCCCAUCAUCAAAUUUUGGUAGACGAUACCAUAAUGACCCCAGUGGGUUUAGCGAUCGAUUACAAAGAACAACGGUUGUACUGGGCAGACAGUAGAAUAGGCACAGUAGCCGGGAGAAUAGAAAGCAUUUCCUUAGACGGUAAAGAUAGAAAAUUAAUCGCCGAACGUACCACAAUGGAACCGUUCGGACUCGCAGUCGAUGAAGACGCCAUCUACUGGACGGACACGAAUAACAACGGUUUAUAUAAAUUAUUAAAAAGCGAAACGAAUCCAUACGCCGAUCCGCAGAAAAUAACUUCCUUUUCAGACAUUCCUAUGGGUUUGGUAGCUAACGCUUACAUGAAAGACGACUGCGAAAUACUACCGGAACUCAUCCAACAGUACCAAGAAUCGAAAAAACAAACAACCACUGCCCAAACCGUCGAAGAAUCUCUGGUAUGUUUGAACGGAGGUUCGGUAAAAGAUAAAAAGUGCGACUGCAAACCGGGAUAUACUGGAAAUUAUUGCGAAAUACCGAUAUGCAGUAGCGCUUACUGCUUAAACGGUAACUGCUAUUUAUCUUCAUCGGGGAAACCGAUGUGUUCGUGUAAGAAAGGUUAUAUCGGUAACAGAUGCCAAAAAAACAAAUGCGAUUAUUAUUGUUUGAACGAAGGGAAAUGCGCCAUAACUCCACCAAGAAAUGAACCAAAAUGCGAAUGCCUCGACGGUUUUAUCGGCAACAGGUGCGAGUAUAAUCAACAAACUUGCGACUUUUAUUGCAACGCCAAAGAAAACACCGCGUAUUCUGCCGAAUUUGAAUAUAUGUGCAGAUGUAGCUUUAUGUAUUCGGAAAAAAACGCCAGCGCGUUGUUGUCACGUUUACAAGAACGACCGAGUAUUCUAUCCAAAUUCCAAGAUCCAGUUAUUUACUUAUCAGCUUUAGUUUUAUUCUGUAUGUUAGUUAUCGUAGCUCUGUUCAUCUACAUUCAUAAUGUCCACAAGAAACGACCGAGGAUCAAGAAACGUAUCAUAGUUAACAAAAACGUCACUCCAUUGACAUUUCGACCGCAGCCCAAUACAGAACAAUGCGAAAUUACUAUAGAAAAUUGUUGCAACAUGAACGUUUGCGAAACGCCUUGCUUUGAACCAACGGGUGAAGACAAAAAGAAACUUCUGAUGAAUAUGGAAGGCGAAGACAUCUAUUAAACUUGUUGGAUGAAUAAAAGGCUGUGACUGUACAGAGUAUUAAUAACGCGUUGUUAAGUUUUCAAUAUUUAUAUUUAUAUAAUGAACUGUAUCUUGCCAGUCAUCAAAUGUACACGAAAUACCAAAAGGGCGGGAGAUUGAAACGGUUCCACACCAUUCCUUAUAUCAGACUUAUCAGUAAAAACAAUCCAUUUAUAAAAAUUACUCUGGUCAACACACCUCUUUAAAUUUUUUUAUGUUUCUGGGUAUUUUUAUGAAAAUAGAAAUACUUGGGUCUUGGCAAGAUUUCCUUGAACGAAUUACUUGAGGUAGAUCUCGUUGCAGUAACCUCUUGGUAAUAGUCUCUUCUUUUGUCCGAAUAUCUUGAUGGAAUAUUCCAUUUUGUUAGUUUCUUUUCUAUUACAACACUUUUAAAACUUAUUUAAGAGUCUUUCUUUCGACAAAUCUACCACGAGUAUUCAUAUCACUCAUAAGCAAAGCGACGCGUUUGCUUUUGGGUACAAAGGCACCAAAUUAUUUCGGAUCUUGGACUGGUCCCUUUCUUUGUCGGACAAUAUUGUUCGUAUAGAGGUUAUGCUACAUUAUCUUCUCAUUGAAAUAAAAAAAAUAUGUGUUAUUAUCAUUAUGUAGGGUUAUGUAACCUUCAGGGUUAGAAAAGUAUUAAUUUGAAAAAAAGUAAUCAGCUGACUUCAUCGCGGUUCAUUGUACUUUAUCUGAUUAUAUAAACAUAACAAAAAUUCGUUACCAAUUCACAUUUGCAAUAUUUUUUUGUUGACCAGUGUUAUUAGUGAUAUUUUAAGUACUUUGGAAGGAAAAAAUUGAUGGUAGACACUAUUUAAAAAUAAUUAGACCUUAACAAAAAGUUUAGUACUUAAAAAUAAUAGAGUACUUUAUGUUUUACUUAAAUCUUUAUAACUAAUUUUAUGUGACAAAUUUUUUUUUGGUGUUAUCCUGAUUUAUCUUGAACCUACUACUACUACCAGUGGAACCAUGACCCUCAAAGAGCCUUGGCCUCGUCCACUAUAUUCCUCCAGUCAUCUCGGCGUCUCCACCUCCUCACGAUGCUGCACCUCUAAAUUUUGAUAUUAAGAGCUUAAAAUUUAUCAAAAUUUUUUUUUCGUUACGUUUUCGUAGUAGCUACUUUUUUUGUCCCACCCUAAUCUUUAGGUGUCUCGACAAGCCUCGUGUAAGAUAUUAUUGCCUAGGUUAAAACAUUUAUCAGAUCUUCUCUGGUUAUACUGAAUAAUAUUUGCCUAUCUCAACCCAUGUAACUGUUUUUUUUUUCAUCUUUAAACUUCUUUUCCAGUAUUCUUUCUAUUAUUCUGUAGUUGAUACCACAAAGUGGCUUAGGUCCUAUAAAGGGUCUUAAGCAAGUGUGUCAGCUAGUCCCUCUUCUCCAAUGUGUCCAACAAUCAAUUGAAAGGUAACUUCAUUAUUCUUACUUAGCAAUCCACAUCCUUGGUUUCUUUCCAUGUUUCAAAUUUUGAGUGAGCGUGUUCUUAAUAACGUCUCCCUAACCCCUCUUCAGCUCAUUCUCUGGUAGAAGUCAGUAAGCAGAUUAUAUGUGGUAUCUUCCGUUUCCUUUUAUGUCUAUCAUCUUAUCUUCACAUUUUUAUACUUCACUAUCCGAUGAGGACACUUGCUCAAAAUCUUCUGGUUCUAUUUUGUGAAUUUCUUUCGAUACCUAGGGCUUCUUUCCAGAUUGAUAUUUGACUUCCUCUAUUUGUGGUAUUUCAUGCUCGUUCAUUGUGAUCUUAAGGACAGUUUCCUUGCCUGUUUGUGAAGGUCAAGUGGAUGGAUUUAGACGGUCCUGUUAAUAUUUUUUCCCACACAGUUAUCUCGAAUGUCACAUCUUCAGUAACAAGUAGCCGAAACGACUUUAAUGUGUCUUUGAUGGAGGGAUGGUGUUAAAUAUGGAUAGUAGGAUAACGGUCUUAAAUAAUGACAACUUAAUUUAUAAAACUUAUUUAUUUAACUGGAAUCUUAUCUUUUGACAUCUUUUUAGUAUUUUACUUUUGUUUACCAAGGGAGGUUUUUUUAACGCAUUUAUUUUUUUUAAAUGGAUACCACUGCCUUUACAAAAUGGGAAUCGAAAUACCUCUUUUGGUGUGCUUUAUCUUUUUUGAACAACCAAUCUGUAAGUGGAAACAUCAUUAAAAAUCUAGUUUUUUGUCCAAAAAGUAUUUUGAAAGAACAUUUCAAUGUUUUAUUUUCAAUUAUCAAUGAUAAAACGAACAUUUUUUGCAUUUUACUGAUAUUUUAAUAUAUAGGGCGUGGAAACCAUCUUUCGUUUUGAAGCAUCAAAUAAUUGUAAUAAUUUGUCAGUGUUUGUAUUUUUAAAAUGCAACCUUUCCCAAGUUUCACCUUAUUUUAUCGAUGAAAAAAGAUUCCUAGGACAAAUUUUAAAAUUCCAUAACCUCAAUUUACAUACAUUUCAAGAAAAUAAAAAUUCAACCAUAGUUUAUUGUUUUGGUAUGCACGGCAAUCAACGUGUUAAAAUAGUGGAUGUUUUCUUGAGGAUGUAGUUUUCUUCAUAACCUUUAAAAUAGAUAGUCUCAAUAUAAAUUUUUUUUGACCAUUGUUGUAUAAUUUCUGAUACAAUCGGCAGUUAACGUGUUAAAAGAUUUUUUGUUUGUCUUAGGAAUGUUGUUUUCUUCUUCAUAACGUUUAGAGUAGAGCGAAACUUUACAACGGUUUCAAUAUAAAAAUGUCUGUUGAUUAUUGAUGUCUGAAAGUGUACUUCUGAUACAAAUGGCAGUUAACGUGUUAAAUAUCGUUUGAUUUUCUUCAUAACGUCCAUAAUAAGGCAUAAAGUGAACAGUAUAUGUUUUGUAGUUUGGUAUAUGAAAAUGUAUCAUUUCUGAUAAAUAUGGCAGUGAUCGUGUUAAAAUAUCAGGUUUUUCUUGUGAAAAUACAAAAGUUGUGUAACUUAUACACUGAUGUAUAGUUUUUAUAUAUAUGGCAUUGGACGUGUUCGAAUAGUUCGAAGUUUUCUCGAUAUAACAAUUUUUUGCGGUACCUUAUGUGUAUGAAAGUUAUAAACAUUUUAAAAAUAUAGUUCGUUACACCUUUUAGUGAUCUCAAAAUUCGUUUUGAAACUUAUAGCUCUAUCUCAAAACUUUUUGGACACAUACGAUAUUAAACAUUCACUCAAUUCAAUACAAAAUUUAAGCAGAAACAAAUAUUUCAAUUGGAUGUUGUAUAAGUAUAAAUAAUUAAUUUUGGUUGAUUCAAAAAAGUGUUGAUUAUUUUUUUAAAGUUUAAUUUUGUUCAACAGAUUGUCUCGUUAAAUAUAACAACUUUGUUUACGUACUUGAAGUUUACAGUAUCUUUGAGUUGAAAAAAAUUUGUCAAAUUUCUUUUAGUCUACCCUUUUUUAUUUUCCUACAUAUUUUGUAUUAUUUUUUCGUUAAUUUCAAGUUUUUAACUCGACUUAGACGAAUAUUAUCUACUUAUGGUUUUUUUUUAAACCAGAAACAGAAAAAAAGUUACUUAAAAUAUACUGUAAGACUGAAACAGGAAUUUAAUAUUUUUUUAAAAUUAUUUUACAACUAUGUUAUUUUAUUCAGUUGUGGGCCUCUUUGAGUCUAUUGAAAAAGAUCAAAACUAGCAACGAUUUAAUGAGACAUUCUGUACAUAUGUAUAGCUGUUACCAAUAUUUCGAAAUAUGUAGACUUUUUAGUUUAGAGUGAAUAUUGAGUUGUGAUUUUAGACAAAUUUAUAGUUUAAACUAUUUAGGCCAACGAAUUUAGCGAAAUUGUAUAUUUUUAAACAAUUUUCUUGUUCGUUUGGACAAAUUUUCGGUUUUAGAAACUUACUUGUUGUUAAGUAAGUAUUGUGGGUUGUAAUAUCCACAUCAGAAAUGUGAUAUUAUGAUCUAAGUAGGUGCGUAUUAAAUAAUUUUGUAUCAAAAAUUCGGAAAUAAAAUUGGUUUAUUAAUA